AUGUUUAUGCUGUUUUCGGUUUUCUUGCCGUUGUCGCCAAUUGAUUUAUUAACUGGGUAUUCGUGUGAUUCCUAUAAAACUUUGAUUUAUAAAAAUAUAUUGCAAAAAAAAAAUAAGUUAAAAUAUGAAAGGGGAUUAACAGAGGGUGACAUAGCAGCAAAAAAUCAAGCUUACGCUGAAGGAUACCCAGAAGAAUGUCCGUUAGAUAAUAAAAAAAACAAUUGUGAAGAUCCGUUUCAAUAUGAGAAUCCGUGCGAUCAUUGGCAUAAUGUCAUUGCUCCAAAAAUGUUGGAGCUGUUUAAUAAAGUAACAAGUGGAAUGGACCCUAAUUUGAAAGAAAAAAAAUGGAAUAAUGAAUGGAAUAAAAUUUCAGCUAACCAUGUUAAAGAUCUAUCUUCAAUAUCUCAUCGACAAGAUAUUUCAGAAGAAGAAAAAAAAAAAUUAAUUGAUAGUGUUAUGGAAAAACGUCUCUCAGAAUUUUUAAAAUUUUUAGACGCAUGUGAAGAAAUGAUGAGAGACCAUAAAACACGAUCCGAAUGUAAGAAGGAGAUGAGAGACAAUAAAAUCAAAUCCAAAUGUAAGAAAGAGAUGAGAGACAAUAAAACAAAAUCCGAAUCUAUGAAAGAGAUAAGAGAGAAUAAAACAGAAUCCAAAGGUAAGAAAGUGAUGAGAGACAAUAAAACAGAAUUUGAAUCUAAGAAAGAGAUGAUAGACAAUAAAAGAGAAUCCGAAUCUAUGAAUGAGAUGAUAGACAAUAAAACAGAAUCCGAAUCUAAGAAGGGGAUGAUAGACAAUAAAACAGAAUGCGAAUCUAAGAAUAAGAUGACAGACAAUAAAACAGAAUCCGAAUCUAAGAAUGAGAUAAUAGACAAUAAAACAGAAUCCCAAUCUAAGAAUGAGAUAAUAGACAAUAAAACAGAAUCCGAAUCUAAGAAUGAGAUGACAGACUAUAAAACCUGUCCUCAUUCUUUUUUGCUAUGA